UUUGCACUUGCGCUACUUGUAAUUUGUAAAUGUGAUUUGCGAAUUUAGCGAGAAAAAAAAGAAGUGAUUUGAGAAGUUUGCAUCCCGCGCUGCCCUAAUUUCAAAAUCGGUGGAGGUGAAAAGAAGGGGUUUCAUUGGAGAAGAAGAGAAGAAGAUGGUUGGUACAAGGAACAAAACGAAGCAAAAUGAAGCACCCCCCGUCUCUAAUUGCAUACCCUCUCCUCUUUUCCACCUCUUCCAUACCCUAGUUUCUGCUGCUGCUGCUCCUCCUCCCAAUGGUCUAAAUCCAUCAUUCUUGAGAAAACUGUAUUAUCUUUUAGUCGAGCUGUCUAGAAACCGAUGGUCUUGCAUGAAAGUAGGGACUGAUUUGGCUCAGCUGGAUUAUGAAAUUGUUCCAAGUGGAAUGAGAGUGACAAGUAAAGAUAUGUGUAGGCUUUCUGACAUACUAUUUAAAGAAUUUUGCAAGCGUUUUAAGCAGUUACACUCUGAUUUAUGUGUUAGUUCUGCCAGUGAGGGUAAUAAACAAGCAAUUUCCCACCCGGAUACGUUGGCUUCUGCUGCAGAACUUUAUGUCCUAUUAAGAUGUUGUUUGAAAAUACAGGACCUGCUUAAGCGGCAAAAUAUUCAUGAUGAGAAUGGACAAUCUCUUUUUAUGAUUGCAAGAACAUUAAGUCAACUUGUAUCAAGCGCAGAAAGUAGCACCAGCUUUGGGAAUUCUUAUUCCAGUAUUAAUAAUGGCAACAAGGGGUCUGCCAAUUCAUUUGCCAAAGAAUUUGUUGCUUUCAUAUUUUCUUUAAAACUGACAGAUUCAUGCAUCCCCGUCCUGUCAUCAAUCAUCGAGGUAUUUGUUGAUGAACUAUCUCUCAGCGGACAGCUUGAAGGCUACUUUAAUAAAAUUGAUUAUGUUUCUUCAACUAGCUAUGAAUUGUCUAUGGAUUAUUUGGGUGAUGGUAACCUUAAGAUAAUGAUGGAGCUGAUCUGUGCUCACUUUUUUCUGUUCAUUUUCAAUGAGCAAAAUAUAGAGAAUUUGCUUGCUCGCUUAUCAUGGCCCCUUGAGGACUUAAUAGCUCCAGGAAUGAGUGUAACUGCCGCCUUGUCGUUGCUACACAAACCUCAUAUGUUAUGUCUACCAAAACUUAUUCAAACGCAUAUGAUUUCACUAGUCUCUGAAGCCGUUGGAUUUAACUUGGAUUUUGAUCAUUCUAUACCAGAUCUUAAGCUUAUUGAUCAUUACCUAUUAACAUUUAGAAGGUCAAUAAUAUUGUAUGCCGAUCACAUUGCUAAGCUGCAAAUUGAUGGCUGUCCUGAACAUAAUAAAUUCUAUUUUCUUAAUUCAAAUAUAUCUGGGCAUUUUUUCCCAGUAUUUGAAUCAUGUAUUCAGCCUGCGACAAGAGAGAAAAUUAGUAAUUUGAACACCAACUUCAGUGAUUCAUGGGAUUCACAUUACAGAGAAAGGUUUUUAAGAUCAAAAGAUGAUCUUUCAACUUCUGCUAUUACAUACAUGGAAGAUAAUCUAUGCAUUCUUGACAGAUCUUGCAGAGAUGAGAUUCUAUCAGUCCUAAGCUGCAUAAUAAGAAGAGUUUCUGAUGAUAUUGACAGUGUUCUGUUUGAUGCCUGUGAUGAUGCAAGUAUACACGAUGUUUGUUUUCUCACCUCUUUGGUAAACUUAAUGAGCAUAUCGCUGUUACAGUCUCUUUGGUGUUUACGGAGUAGGUGUAUAGGUCGUCUGAAAUCCGAAAACCUCUCAUGUAAGGAGUAUCAAUGUAUUGCCAGUAUCGCAGACUCUUUCACCGCACUAGAUAUCAACCUACCAAUCACAAAUUCGGUUUGCAACCUGAUAGAAUCUCAACUAACAAAGCAUAAGAAGUCAAAGCCGAUGCUUUUUCACUUUUUGCGUUUGCUGUCGUUCGGUUUUCUAAGCGGGGUCGAUUUCUUAGUAAACGGCUGCAUAUUGUGCAUAAUGGCAAUCAUGAAUCUUUUUGUGUUUGAAGAGGGAAACUUAGAGGCAUUGAAAUUGGUAGUUGAUAUUGGAUACCAGUUUCCUCAACAGGCUGCAAGACGCAACAUAUCUACUAGCCUAGUUGUCGCUACUAAGUUUCAGAAGAUACAUUCCUUGUACUUGAGUAAGAUUCCUCCUUCCAACUUUAAGCGAAUUGGCCAACUGGAAAAUUGUUCAUUAUCCACCAAUCAUGAUAAUUUAAAUGCUGUUGCUACAGAGGAAACCCCCCAGAACACACCCAAUGGGGUCAAUUAUCUGAGAUGCAUUGGAGAAAUAUCAGCGGUUGAUGAUUUGGCAGAUUUCAUUGAGUGCAAAGAGGGAAAAGAUUACUCUUCAUGGUUAAAAAAUAGGGAUAGAUACAGAAAGUGGAAACAUGAGAAACAUGCAGCAUUAGUGUUAAAGAAAAAGAAGCGUGCUAAAGUGGUAAACUCCACAAAAGCGAAAAGCAGUAACAAUCACUUAGACGUAGCUUUAUCUUCCUUCCUGGCAAGUAGGUGUUAGAAAGAACAAGGUAAUUGAGCUGUUAAACCAAAACUUUUCCUCGGGUUAGAAAAGUUGUGCAAACACGCAGGGAUUAUCAGGUUUUAGUAAUGAGAGUCUAGAACCCUCAUCUCUCAAACAAGUCUACAAUUUUCAGAAACGAUGACAGAAGCAGAACGGAAGAUUAAAUUCAAGCAUUUGGCUACUCUGCCCCUAGAAGAUGUUUAAGCAUCAGGACUUUCCCUCACAUUGUCAUAUUUUCAUCUACAAUUGUUGUUUCUCACAUGAUUAACAAAUAUUUCACCAUCAAACAAUCCAAGCCACCAAACUUGAUGACCAAAAUCGCUACUAGACCGUGACAAAUCUUUCAUCACAGUCCUAGUAACGACCAUAAUUCGAUAUUGGCAGA